AUGAUGGACACAGUCACAAGUGAUUUAGCAGAAAAUUCUCCGAUCUAUGACAGAAAAAGUGAACUCAAAAUAUUUGAUGAUUCAAAAACUGGUGUACAAGGACUUAUAGAAAAGGGAGUAACAAAAGUCCCACGUAUGUUCCAUUGUAAACAGUCUACUCUCAAUGAUGUUUCAAUCAAUGAAUCAAAUCCAAAUCUCAGCAUCCCUACAAUUGACUUAACAGGUAUCCAUGAUGAUCCUUUUUUGAGAGAUGAAGUUGUUAGAAAAGUUCAAAAUGCUUCUGAGAAAUGGGGAUUCUUCCAGGUAAUAAACCAUGGAAUUCCAGUUCAUGUUUUGGAUGAGAUGAUCAAAGGAACUUGUAGAUUUCACCAACAAGAUGCCAACGUGAGGAAAGAAUAUUACACUCGUGAUCUGACCGAAAAAGUUGUUUAUCUAUCAAAUUUUACUCUUUACCAAGACCAAUCUGCUGAUUGGAGGGACUCACUUGCAAUUUUCUUGAAACCUCAUCCUCCUAAAGCUGAAGAAUUGCCACAGGUUUGCAGUGAUAUUGUGACUGAAUACGCGAAAGAAGUAACGGCACUUGGUUCUUGUUUGUUUGAGAUAUUGUCAGAAGCUCUUGGCCUUAACCGUUUACACCUUAAAGAAAUGGGUGGUGCUGAAAAGUUUUUUCUUGUAUGUCACUAUUAUCCACCAUGUCCUGAGCCAGAGUUAACCAUAGGCACUACCAAGCACACAGAUAGUAGCUUUAUGACAAUACUUUUGCAAGAUCAUGUUGGUGGCUUACAAGUUCUUCAUGACAACCAUUGGCUUGAUGUAACUCCCAUUCAUGGAGCUCUUAUAGUCAACAUUGGGGAUCUUCUAAAGCUUGUGAGUAAUGACAAGUUCAGAAGUGUUCAGCAUAGAGUUUUAGCAAAACAUGUAGGCCCAAGAAUUUCAAUUGCGUCCCUUUUUAGAGCACAUGAAACUGAGGGAAUGCCUAAAGUGAUUGGUCCAAUUAAGGAACUGUUAUCUAAAGAAAAUCCACCAAUAUAUAGAGACACGUCUUUGAAAGAGUUCUUGACACAUCGCUUUACAAAUGGAAUUGCAUUUUCUGCACUGUCAAUUACCAAGUUGUGA